CAACAUCAACAACCACUACCACAACCACCAAUCCCCCCUCAUUACCAAAUGCCACCCCUCCGCGCCCUCCAUCCUCUCAGCGUCCUCCGCCCAAAAAGACUCCCCCACCGACCUCUCCCACGCUUCCACUCCACAUCACCGCAAAACGAGCGAAUAACCCGGAUCCUCUCGCGUCUCCCCAAAUUCCUGCACCCAUACACCAACGGUCUCCGUUCCGCGCCCGUCUCCCACGUCGUCUCUUUCCUGAUCUUGCAUGAGAUAACGGCGAUUGUGCCACUGGUGGGUCUAGCGGGGGUGUUCCAUUAUUGCGAGUGGUUACCUAAGGUAUGUUUACGUGGAUAGUUUUUCUUCUAUAGCUAGUCUUUUCGAAAAUAUGAUAUGCAAACCACCAAUUUGGGAUUUGGGAGAUGCUUGGGGGCGGGGAGCUAAUAUAUCAAAUUGAAUAGGGUUGGUCUGAAGCAAGUUACAUCAAUGAUGGCGUCGAGAAGUUUGGCAGGUAUUUUAGGAGGAAGGGGUGGUUUGGGUUUAGUAGGGAGCAUGAGGAGGGGGAGAUACAGGUUAAGGAGGGGGUGAGUGAAGGAUUUGUUGCGGACAUCGAGGUGAAAGGGAGUGGAAAUGGGAAUGGGACAAGGAUAUUGGUUGAGGUUGCGACUGCAUAUGCUAUUACGAAAGUAUUAUUGCCCGCGAGAAUCAUCCUCAGCGUGUGGGCCACACCAUGGUUUGCUAGAGUGGCUGUUGGGAGGUUUGGGCGGAUUUUUAAAAGGGCAGGAGGAAAAGCGACGACAAAUGGAACGAUGCCAAAUUCGAAGGGGUCAUGAGAGCGCCAACGAAGAUACUCGUCCUUUAUCCAGUGGAAACACAAUACACAACACGAUGUGGAUAUGGUCUGAAUCAUCACAAAAAGGGCUAAUCAAUUUUCAUGUCUGCUUCCUUUUGCUCCAUAUUUACCACCUGGGGAUAUCAUCCACCAAAAUUUCCGAUAUCCGCCAUGCUAACUUUUAUGUUUGUGUAUGGCUGGGUAGAAGAAAUCUACUUCUCGUAGACCCAGUCGUGUUGAGCGGACUUCCAUGAUUGGACCUCACCCUCCUUGAACCAGAGAGCGAUCUCCUUCUUGGCGUUCUCGACGCUGUCGGAACCGUGGCAGACGUUGCGUCCGACAUCGAUGGCGUAGUCACCACGGAUGGUACCUGGGGCGGAUGCGAGAGGGUUGGUGGCACCGAGGAGAACUGAAGAUUGUUAGAGGUGAUGAAACACGGUGGCGAGGUGUACUUACCACGGCCGGUCUUGACAGCGUCACGACCCUCCCAGACCAUAGCACAUAUUGGUCCGCUUCCCAUGUCUAUUCAAUGUUAGGUAUGUGCGGAGUAUGCUUGAGGAUGGAUAAGCAUACACUUGAUGAGUCCUGGGAAGAAUGGCUUGGAGGAGAGAUCCUCGUCUGUAGUCGGCGAUUAGCUGUUGAUUCGGAUGAUUCGAGGAAAAAAGGGGGGCUGAGUGAACUUACAGUGCUUCUCGAGGUGCUCUUGGGAAGCAGUCAUCAACUUGAUGGCAGCGAGUUUGUAUCUAGAGACAUCCGUCAGUUGGGAUUACUCUCAAUGGAAAGGCAACGGAAACUCACCCUCGGGCCUCGAAUCGGGAGAUGAUUGGGCCAAUGAGUCCACGCUGUAUUGACAAUCAGUUGGGAGUUCUUGUAGUUGUUCGUGUUAUCGGUGUCGUACCUGAACUCCAUCAGGCUUGAUGGCAAUGAAGCUGUUGAUUUUGUCAGUUUUUAUCGCCCAAAUAUACCCCUCA